AUGACUUUUCGGGUACGGUCAAAGCUUAAAAGGCACCAAAAAAUCCACACUGGGGAAAAGCCAUUUUCAUGCAAGGAGUGUGGGAAGUGUUUUACGGAGAGAUGGAACCUCAAGAGUCACUCGCGGACUCACUCCAAGGACAGGCCGUUUUCAUGCAAGGACUGCGGGAAGAGUUUUAUGGAGAGAUCGACGCUAAAGAUCCACUCGCGGUCUCACUCCAAGGAGAGACCGUACUCGUGUCCUACUUGCGGGAAGAAUUUCAUCUGGAAAAGCAGCCUGGUUAUCCACCUUCGGAGUCACACGGGGGAAAAGCCCUACGUCUGCUCGGAAUGCGGGAGGGGCUUCAACCAGAACUUGCAUCUUCAAAUGCACAAGAAAAUUCAUCUUGCCGACCGCUCCUAUUCAUGUUCUCAAUGCGGCAAAUCCUUUCUCUACGAAUCGGAGCUGAUCCUGCACCGAGUGACCGAUACCGGGGAAUGGCCUUUUUCAUGCUCUGACUGCGGGAAGUGUUUUCCCUGUAAAGGAGAACUGACCAUUCACCAGAGGAGCCAUCUUGUGGAAAAGCCAUAUUCGUGUUCUUGGUGUGGAAAAUCCUUUCACUUGAACUCAGCACUGGUCAUCCACCAACGAAUCCACACGGGGGAGCGGCCUUUUUCUUGCUCUGAGUGCGGGAAGUGUUUUAACCAACGGGGAGCACUGACGGCCCACAAGAGGACGCACACUGGAGAAAAACCAUAUAGGUGUUCUGAAUGUGAAAAAUCCUUUACCACCAAGACGGGACUGAACACCCAUAAACGAACCCACACUGGCGAACGCCCGUAUGCUUGUUCAGAGUGUGGGAAAUGUUUUACGCGCCGUUCCUACCUCACUCAACACCAGAAGAUCCACUCCGGGGAGAAGCCAUACAUGUGCUCGGAGUGUGGGAAGUCCUUUAAUCAGAAGUCGGUGCUGAUCAGCCACCAGCAAACGCACACCGGCUUACGGCCCUACCCUUGUUCUGAGUGCGGGAAGAGUUUCACCAAGAGAACCAACCUAACUGUCCACCAGAGGAUCCACUCGGGAGAAAAGCCGUAUCUGUGCUCGGAGUGUGGGAAGUCGACCCGCCGGGGGCCUCCUCCCCUUUUCUGCACGGAGUGCGGCAAGUUCUUCCUCGGGAGGGAGCAGCUGGUGAGACACCGGCGAAUCCACACGGGGCCGAAACGUUACACCUGCCUGGAGUGCGAGAAGACGUUCCGGAUGAAGUCUCAGCUCGUCGUACACCGGCGCGUUCACACGGGAGAGAAGCCGUUCGCUUGCGACAACUGUGGGAGGUGUUUUCGUACCAGGUCGGCGCUGAUCGCUCACCAGCUGACUGAUACCAAGGAACGGCCCUAUCAUUGCUCGGUGUGCGGGAAGUGUUAUACCCAUAGCUCACACCUGGUGGUCCACCAGAGAUCCUAUUCUGGAGAGAAGCCAUAUUGCUGUCUGGAGUGCGGAAAAUGUUUCGAUGAGACAGAGCAGCUGAUUAGACACCGGCGGAUCCACAUGGGGCCCAAAUGUCAGACCAGCUUGCACUGCGAGAAGUCAUUCUGGAUGGAGUCGCAGCUCACCAUGCACCAGAAAAUUCACGCAGGAGACAAGCCAUUCUCUUGCACAGUCUGCAGGAAAUCCUUCUCCCGAAGGCAAGUGCUGGACAAUCAUAUGCUGACCCAUUCCGGGGAGAGGCCCUACGCAUGCUCGGAGUGCGGGAGGUGCUUUUCCCGCAAUUCGCUUCUGGUCAUUCACCAGAGGAUCCAUUCUGGGGAGAAGCCAUAUUCAUGUUUGGAGUGUAACAGGUCCUUCCGGCACAAGACGGCGCUGGUCGCCCACCAGAGGACUCAUACUGGGGAGCGGCCUUAUCAUUGCUCUGUGUGUGGGAAGUGUUAUACCCAUAGCUCACACCUGGUGGUUCACCAGAGAUCCCAUUCUGGAGAAAAGCCAUAUUCCUGUCUGGAGUGCGGGAAGGCCUUUUCCCAUAAAUCUGUGUUGGUCAGACACCAGCGAAUUCAUGUCGAACGGCCCUAA